AGGUGCCUGGGCUCCGCGGGGUACCCCCGGGGGCCUCGCUCCUGGGUAAACAUUAAUGCGGCUCAGCCCACGGCAGGUCAUGUGGGCGCCCAGUGGAUCUUUGACCUGCGGCUGAGCCCGCCUGUGUCUCCUCCCCACAGGUGCCCCUCACUACCCACACAGGUAGGAGCCUCGAGGACAGGAGGGGCGCGGGGAACACGGGAGCCAGGGCUGGGGGACCUCCAGGACAGGGACCGGCCUGUGUGCCAGCAGGAGGGAGGGUGACCGAGCCCCCCAGGACCGGGCCUGGGGAAGGGGGAGUUGAGGCGGAGAGCUGGGUGGGGGCCUCAGACCCCACGGGCUGAGGGGGAGCCCGGGGCGGAGCCGGCACCGACGCUCCCUGCCCUGCCCCCUCCUCGGGGGUGGGGCCCUUAUCGAGAGGAGAUGGCACCAUUUGGUAUCAGAUGCCAAAGUCUAAGUCAUCGCCAUGGCCUCGGUGACACCUGGCAGAAGAGGUCCCGGGUUCCAGGCUCCCAGCCACUUCCGGCCGAGCCUCAGCACCCUCUGCCCUGGGCCACCCACCAGGCCUGCUGCCAGCCGGACAGCGAGGGAGCCGGCCGCGGGGCUCAACUCUGCCCCCGAACUGAACUGGGCUUCCUGACAGCCGCCUGAGAUCCGGGCUUGGGCCUGGGUCUGUCCCUGCCCGGAAUCCAUGCGGAGCUCUCUCCCCGGUGGCCAGGUCAGCCCCCCGACUCUGGACACGGUUGGGCUGGUGGACCAGAGUCUAGGAAACACAGGGACCUCCAGCCCUGCCCCCGCCAUGGAGGAGGGGCCCGUGGACCCCUGGGCCCUGCCCCAGCUGAAGGACACGGGCCAGUCCUGGAAAGAGCUCAGCGUGGCCGGCAGGGUCCGGCGGGUCCUGCUGGGCUUCCUCAAGGCCUGCGGGCUCCUGGGCAGCCUCUACCUCUUCAUCUGCUCCCUGGACAUCCUCAGCUCUGCCUUCCAGCUGCUGGGCAGCAAGGUGGCCGGGGACAUCUUCAAGGACAACGUGGUGCUGUCCAACCCCGUGGCCGGGCUGGUCAUCGGGGUGCUGGUCACGGUGCUGGUCCAGAGCUCGAGCACGUCCUCCUCCAUCGUGGUCAGCAUGGUGGCCUCCAACUUGCUGCACGUCCGGGAAUCCGUGCCCAUCAUCAUGGGUGUCAACGUGGGCACAUCCAUCACCAGCACCCUGGUCUCCAUGGCACAGUCGGGGGACCGGGACGAGUUCCGGAGGGCCUUCGGGGGCUCGGCGGUGCACGGCAUCUUCAACUGGCUCACGGUGCUGAUCCUGCUGCCGCUGGAGACCGCUGUGGCCCCGCUGGAGAGGCUCAGCGAGCUGGCCCUGCAGGCCGUCAGCCUGCAGCCCGGGACACAGGCGCCCGACAUCCUCAAGGUGCUGACGCAGCCGCUCACCCACCUCAUCGUGCAGCUGGACGCUGACGCGAUUGCCAACAGCGCCACGCACAACGCCACCAACAGCAGCCUCAUCAAGCACUGGUGUGGCGCCAGGGAGCCCACGAUCCCAGGAAACAGCAGCGACUGCGGGACGGCGACCUCAGGCCCCUGCCCUGAGACGAAUGGCUCAACCACCGGGGAGCAGCUGCCCUGCCACCACCUGUUCUCGGGCACGGCGCUCUCGGACCUGGCCGUGGGCCUCAUCCUGCUGGCCGGCUCCCUGCUCGUGCUCUGCUCCUGCCUCGUGCUCAUCGUCAAGCUGCUCAACUCCGUGCUGCGUGGCCGCAUCGCCCAGGCCGUGCGGACCGUCAUCAACGCCGACUUCCCCUUCCCGUUCGGCUGGCUCAGCGGCUACCUGGCCAUCUUGGUGGGCGCCGGCAUGACCUUCGUGCUGCAGAGCAGCAGCGUCUUCACGGCCGCGAUCGUGCCGCUCAUGGGGGUCGGGGUGAUCAGCUUGGAGCGGGCCUACCCCCUCUUACUGGGCUCCAACAUCGGAACCACCACCACGGCUCUGCUGGCCGCUCUGGCCAGCCCCCCGAAAAUGCUGUCCAGCGCUCUCCAGGUGGCCUUCAUCCACUUCUUCUUCAACGUGGCUGGCAUUCUGCUGUGGUACGUCGUGCCCGUCCUGCGCCUGCCCAUCCCGCUGGCCAAGCACUUCGGAGACCUGACGGCGCGCUACCGCUGGGUGGCGGUGGCCUACCUGCUGCUCAGCUUCCUGCUGCUGCCGCUGGCCACCUUCGGGCUCUCGCUGGCGGGGCCCGCGGUGCUGGCCGGCGUCGCGGGGCCGGUGGCGGCGCUGCUGCUCCUGGUCGCGCUGAUCAACGUGCUGCAGCGGCGGCGGCCGGCCUGGCUGCCGCGCGCCCUGCGCUCCUGGGCCUGGCUGCCCCGCUGGCUGCGCUCCCUGGAGCCGUGGGACCGCCUCGUGGGCCGCUGCUGCCCCUGCCGGGCCUGCAACCCCCCGCCCGCCGCCGCCAAGGAGGCGCACUGCUACGAGAACCCCGAGGUCCUGGCCUCCCAGCGGCUGUGAGCGGGGAGGGGUCCCCGCCCCGCACUGCGCGCGGGGCGCCCGGGGGUCCCGUAGCUGCGGACUUGGAGUCAGCGGGCUCGCCUUCUCCGCAAAUAAACGCCUGGGACCCGA